AUGCUUAUAUGUGCAUCAUUCCAUGGUCCAUGGCUGUCCUCCUGUGUGCCUGUCAGCUCACUCAAGACCGAGGCUGCCCAUCCCUCCAUCUGGGGGCUCUUUUCUUCCCCCAUCCAUGACCAGGGCCCUGCGAUCUCACCUGUCUAUGCCCAGCUCUUGCUUGAUAUCUCAGUUCUGGAACAGAGAUGUGCCAGCCACUACCUGGGAAGGCUCUAGCCCCCCAAAUAUUUAGUUAGCAGCCAUUCAGUUAAGUGGAAUUGA